AGCACCUGACUCAAAGCGCGAAACUCCAAGCGAGCCGAACGUCGGUGACUCCGAGGGGCGGCGCCCGAGCCCGGCAGGAGGCGUGGCCGGGCCGCGCUCAGGUUUCUUCCGGUCCGGGCGCGGGGCUCGCGAGCCUGCAGGGAGGCCGAGGCGGCUUCCUCGCGAGGAGGAGCCAAGAUGGCCGCCCCGGAGGGGGCGUGGCGCCGCGGCCGCGAGGGCGGGUCCCGCGGGGCUGACCCUCAGUGAGGUGCCGACCACCGGGCCCGGCCCCGCAGGUGCCGAGCGAGGUCCCGCCCCGCCGAGGACCCCGGGCCGUGUGGCUUGCCCUGCCGGCUGCCCCGCAGGAGGAUGCUGGUGGUGGAGGUGGCCAAUGGCCGCUCCCUGGUGUGGGGGGCCGAGGCGGUGCAGGCGCUGCGGGAGCGCCUGGGAGUCGGGGGCCGCACGGUGGGCGCCCUGCCCCGCGGGCCCCGCCAGAACUCGCGCCUGGGCCUCCCGCUGCUGCUGAUGCCUGAAGAGGCCCGGCUGCUGGCCGAGAUCGGCGCCGUGACCCUGGUCAGCGCCCCGCGCCCGGAUCCCCGCCAGCACAGCCUGGCUCUAGCAUCCUUCAAGCGCCAGCAGGAGCAGAGCUUCCAGGAGCAAAGCGCCCUGGCAGUGGAGGCCCGCGAGGCCCAGCGGCAGGAGCUCCGGGAGAAGAUCGCCCAGGGCCAGGCCGCCAAGAAGCAGAGGCUGGAGCAGGCUGCGGGGGCCGGCGGGGCCCAGGAGGCCGCGGGCAGCCAGGCUGGCCCCGAGCAGGCCCAGGAGGGCCAGGCUGCCGGGGAGCAGGAGGAAGCACCCCCCUCCCAGCCCGGGCCUUCGGAUGAGCUGGCCCCCUUGCCCAGGUCGGCGCUGCUCGUGCAGCUGGCCACUGCCAGGCCCCGGCCCGUCAAGGCUCGGCCGCUAGACUGGCGUGUGCAGUCCAAGGACUGGCCGCACGCCGGUCGGCCGGCCCACGAACUGCGCUACAGCAUCUACAGGGACCUGUGGGAGCGUGGCUUCUUCCUCAGUGCGGCCGGCAAGUUCGGCGGUGACUUCCUGGUGUACCCAGGUGACCCGCUGCGUUUCCACGCCCACUACAUUGCCCAGUGCUGGGCCCCUGAGGACCCCAUCCCACUGCAGGACCUGGUGGCUGCCGGCCGCCUGGGGACCAGUGUCCGGAAGACCCUCCUGCUGGGCUCCCCGCAGCCUGAUGGCACGGUGGUCUACACAUCCCUGCAGUGGGCAGGCCUGCAGUGACCGGCCCGCGCCCACCACCCAGAACUGCCACCUGCCCCUGUUGGACUCCACCCCUGGGGGCUCCCCCGCGCCCCGCUGUGGCACCCAGUGGCCAUGCUGAUUUUGUAGUUACUCAUUGGCAAGCUGGGACCUUCUUGGAUGAGGAACCACAGUGGCUUCAUCUCUGUUUUCCAUGGGCUUGGGA